UGCUCUGAGGACGUGUGGAUGUGCUGUGCGGUCCGCCGUGUCUCCGUGGCGCAGGACAGGACCGUCGCCACGCCUUCAGGGACGCACUUUUUCACGGCGUCAGCUCUCAGUCAGUGACCGCUGUUCCCCGGUGGAAAGCUGUCAAGAGCCAGGACAUUUAUCUACUAUCAACAGACAUUUACCCACUUACACUAAUCAGACUGGAGUCUACUUCUCCCACUGAUGCCGGUUUAACAGGCUGUUUUGUAAGCGCUUACAUUUUGGAAUAUCUGGAGGCAGUUUUAUUGAUUUGACAUCGGAUACAAGUCGGAUCAAGGAUGGGGAUCAAAGUAUAGUGCUGACAGGAAUGCCCCAGACUGUGUGCUCAGGCACCAUGUUCACCACUCCCAGUGGCUUCAGCCCCCAUCUGGCCUGUGAUGAUCCUGGGGAGGAGGAGGCCCCUCAGGAGGGCCCGGAGCCCGGUGCUUGCCUGGCCGAUGGGCCCCCGAUCACCUCCGCCUCCCUGGACACGUUGAUCCAAAACCUGGUGCCCACUGCCGAUUACUACCCCGAGAAAGCCUAUGUGUUUACCUUCUUGCUGAGCGCUCGCCUAUUCAUCUCUCCUCCGGAGCUGCUGUCCAGGGUGUGUGAGCUGUGCAUCAAGCAGCAGCAGCUGGAUCAGAGUCCACUCGAUACGCCGAAAGUGCGUAAGUUUGGGCCAAAGAUCCUGCAGCUGCUGACGGAGUGGACGGAGACUUUCCCGUCUGACUUCCGAGAGGAGAAGAUGGUCGGACACUUUAAAGACAUCAUCCACAGGAUAGCUCCGUGUGAUGAGGCGUACUGGAAAACCCUGAACCAGGUGCUGCAGAAGCUCAGCCAGCGAUUGGCCCAGCUGAGCCAGGGGGAAGAGAGCAUCGUCAAGGUCUCCCUCAACGCCUCGUCCAUCUCUGACAAGCUGGUGGCCUUCAAAAGCAAGCCUCCGCCCAUCCAGAAGGACAUGCUCUCCAUCUGCAACGAUCCAUACACACUGGCACAGCAGCUCACCCACGUGGAGCUGGAACAUUUGAGGCACAUUGGGCCGGAAGAGUUUGUCCAAGCCUUUGUUCAGAAAGACCCGCUCGAUGGAACCCAGCCGUGCUUCGGUGACCAGAAGAAGAAAACCUCCAACCUGGAGGCUUAUGUCAGGUGGUUCAACAGACUGUGUUACCUGGUGGCUACUGAGAUCUGCAUGCCAGCGAAGAAGAAGCAGAGGGCCCAGGUGAUAGAGUUCUUCAUUGAUGUUGCCAGGGAGUGUUUCAACAUUGGAAACUUUAACUCCCUAAUGGCCAUCAUCUCCGGCAUGAACAUGAGUCCUGUGUCACGGCUGAAGAAGACUUGGAGCAAAGCCAAGACUGCCAAGUUCUUCAUUCUCGAGCACCAGAUGGAUCCUACCGGAAACUUUUACAACUACAGGACAGCCCUGAGGGGGGCCGCCCACCGCUCUCGCACUGCCAACAGCAACAGAGAGAGGAUUGUGAUUCCCUUCUUCAGUCUGCUGAUCAAAGACAUUUACUUCCUGAAUGAAGGAUGUGCUAAUCGGUUGCCCAACGGCCACGUCAACUUUGAGAAAUUUGUGGAGUUGGCACGGCAGGUGGGGGAGUUCAUGACAUGGAAAAAGGUGGAGUGUCCAUUCGAGCAGGAUCGGGCCAUCCUACACUACCUCCACACUGCCCCCAUCUUCAGCGAGGACGGUCUUUACCUUGCAUCCUAUGAGAGUGAGAGUCCAGAGAACCAGGUAGAGAAGGACAGAUGGAAAGCACUCAGGUCUAACGUUCUGGCAAAGACAUGAGGUGCUAACGGCAGCCGACCCUCCCACCAGCGAGGGGGGGAGCAUGUGUUCUCAUUGCACUAAAAUGAACUGUGAAGGAGCCUAGCUGGUACUUAGGUGUUUUUCUAUGAAGAAAUGGUUUUUAAAUAAAACGUGAUGAACAGGAUUCAUCAAGAAGAGUGUAAAAAAAACAAAAGAACAAAUCACAGAAAAGUGAAUUGAACAAAUUAAGCUAUAGAAACUGGAGCAAAAUGCCUUUGCAGUAUUUUAAAUAUCUGUGAUGAGGUACGGUAUGUUGGAGAAGGAUACACCUCUCCUUUCCUCAAUGUGUGUUUACUCUGUAAAGAUAUGUUUACUACUAUAGAGAGUACAGUUACAGGGAAAACCACUUUAUAAAAUGAAUUCCUACUGAUUGUUGUUUUUGUAUUUGCUCCUCUUCUGUUUUCUCUCUUCUCUUUCCCUUUGGCCUAAAAGCCUUGUCUAGGUAUUUGAUUUUUCCUUUACUUGUGAUGUACUGUGUUGAAACUUACAAUGAUGUGAAGGGCGCUGGCUAGCCCGUAUCAGCUGUCUAAUUUUAUAGGUCUACUGAAGGAAUGGCUAGUGACUGUGUGCACCUGGGAGGACAGAGAGGACAUGCCUUGAGCAUUUCACCAGUUCAUCUCAAGUGUGCUUGUAUGUGUGCGAGUGCGUUUGAGAUCCAGAUGUUCAUGAAUUCACGUCCGUUCAGAUUGUCACUGUCUUGUUUUGCAUGAGAAUGACCGGAGAAGCCAGUUUAUAAGUCAUCUCUACUUGUAUUUUAAUUUAUUGUAUCUUAUUUUGGGCGGGUAAUAUGAACUGUUUGAAAAGUGUUUACUACUUUGAAAUGUAUCGUGCCAGUUAUGCGAGACAACUACAGUAUAGUUACAACAGGAGCUAGGCCAGGUGUAGAUUGUGUACAGGUUAAAUUAAUUCCUCAUCUUUCUGCUCUUCAGGAAGUUUUCUCUGACUGACGUUCAGUUGUCUGAUAUAUUUAUGGAGAUUUAUGUGCUGACAGAUGUAUAGUUUUUAUUGUAACUUUCCUUUACUGAACAUGAAGUCAAAUAGCAUGCUACCACAGGUGUCUAUCUGCCUAUAGAGUGAAGAGGGAAACUUGUGCCAUAUUUUGUCAUAACAAUUCAGGUUCCUCUGACUUGAAAUGUAUGGUUUAUCAUUUUGUGAAAUUGUCACUGAGCUUUGUUUUUUGGCAGUUUUGUUGUGAUUUUGGAGACAUUUUUGAGGUUGCGGGAGGAGAGGGUUAUAGGGAAUUAUGUAAUUAUAAGCUUUUUAAAAACAGUCGUAUUCAGUUUGCUAUAAUUGAUUGAUGUCAGUGUUUUCUCUUUAGAAGCACCUUUCCCCCUCUCUGACUGACUUUAAUUCUCCCUCCUCCAUUUGUCAUCAAUAAACUUGCUUUCCCUGUAACACCUUCCCCAGAUAAGUUAAGACAAUAGAAAGCCAGGAUGUAUGUGCAGUCAAACCCUCCGUUAAGAGCGAAGACGUGUUUUAAUAAAACAUCGCCUGUGUUCAACAUGUGUUUUCAAUGACAAUCACAUUAAAUCAGAUAUUUUUAAAGGUGUCAUCGCACUGCCAAGUCUAUCUUUGAAGUGUUUGCUUUCAAACAUACAUUGCUGUGUGCAGCUCAAGGAGUGGAGUGCAUUUAGUGGUUAUUGAAGCCAAGCAGACACUUGCUUGGCUCCAACUUUACUGCAUCAUUUGUGACUGGUUCCUACAAAGCCUUUAAUAAAAGUAAACCUCGCUUCGA